AUGGCGAGCACCGAGGCGAGAAGGGAGUGUGAGACAGACGGCUGCAGCAAGGACGCCAAACUUCAGUGUCCCACAUGUAUAAAGCUUGAUAUUCAAGGCUCCUAUUUCUGUUCACAGGAAUGUUUCAAAGGGAGCUGGGCAUCUCACAAGCUGCUUCACAAAAAAGCAAAGGACGACAAGAACCAGAAUGAGACUAAGAACUGUGUGGAGAACGACAUCAACACAGACCCAUGGCCAGGCUACCGCUACACAGGAAAACUACGCCCUUACUACCCACUGACUCCCAUGAGGCCCGUGUCUGGGGACAUCCAAAGACCUGACUAUGCUGAUCAUCCCAGAGGAAUGUCCGAGUCCGAGCAGUUCCUGAAGGGGACGUCACAGAUCAAGAUCCUUUGUCCCGAAGACAUCGAAAGCAUGAGAGUAGUGAGCAAGCUGGCACGAGAAGUCCUAGACAUCGCAGCCGAGAUGGUGAAAACGGGGAUUACUACAGAAGAAAUCGACCACGCAGUGCAUCUGGCUUGUAUAGAAAGGAACUGCUACCCCUCUCCUCUAAACUACUACAACUUCCCCAAAUCCUGCUGCACGUCUGUCAACGAGGUCAUCUGCCACGGCAUCCCGGACAGAAGACUACUACAAGACGGAGAUAUACUCAACGUGGACAUCACCGUCUACCACAACGGUUUCCACGGCGACCUUAACGAAACUUUCUACGUCGGAGAUGUUGAGGAAGGAGCGAAGAAGCUGGUUGAGACCACAUACGAAUGCCUUAUGCAAGCCAUCGACUCUGUGAAGCCUGGCGUCCGCUACAGAGAACUAGGUAACAUCAUCCAGAAGCACGCGCAGGCCAACGGUUUCUCGGUGGUGAGGAGCUACUGCGGACACGGCAUCCACAGACUGUUCCACACCGCUCCCAACGUGCCACAUUAUGCCAAAAACAAAGCAGUUGGAGUUAUGAAGCCUGGCCAUGUGUUCACCAUUGAGCCCAUGAUAUGUGAAGGUGGCUGGCAGGACGAGACGUGGCCCGACGGCUGGACGGCGGUGACCAGAGACGGGAAACGCUCGGCUCAGUUCGAACACACCCUGCUGGUGACGGAGACCGGAUGCGAGAUCCUCACCCGCCGCCUCGAGGACAACGGUCGCGCUCAUUUCCUGAGUCAAGUGUAGGCUGGAACCGGAACGAACCAAGGGACUGGACUUUUCCAGACACACUGACGCUCAGCACGGCUGGGUCUCACACACACACACACACACACACACACACACACACACACACACACACACACACACACACACACACACACACACACACACACACACACACACACACACACACAUACACACGUCUCAAAACAAGAGGCACCACUCCUUUAGAGCUCAGUUUAACUGUGGCUCUCAUUGUUCUUUGAAUUAAAUAUCGGUCCCAUUAAAUGGAAGUACUUGAAUGUGUCUUAUAUCAAAUGUGGAUUGCUUUAUUGGUGAAGUGAUAGGAAGUAUUAAAAUAUUUAUAAAAUUGGGUUUUUCUUAGUCAUCAGGCCCUGGUCUGACCUCUGGGGUCAUCGUGUCACCCAGAGCUUUUACUGGCUGGCUAGUAGUUGUCUGUGGUGUGUGGAGCUCAGGGUAAAUUCAACUAGCUUCUUUUCUCUCAGCCUCUGCUAACUAAAUCAGACGUUAUGAAUUUACCAGAGAUGUACUUGAAAAGAAGAAGCAGUACUAGAGACAAAAGAGGCUUCCAGGAAACGGGGUCGACAGGUCGCCCAAUCUCACCAAGUAGCAACUCAGAACUUGUGUUACAGGUUCAGAAAAUAACACCAGGCUGGGGGAAAAAACAAGAAGUUCAGAUUUCAGGCAACAAAAAAGCAUCCUUUCGCAGCCAUGUUGGUUAUCUUCAGUUCUUAUUGCAGCAGAAGCAAUUAGGGAAGUUUCUCAACGGUUAUUCUGAUUAAUACCAAAUAUAAAGCUGCAGCCUAGCCUGGAGACGAUUUUAGUUUAGCAUAAAGACUGGAAACAGCUAGACUGGCUCUGAACCCUACUGAACUGACUGGCACACCAGAACCUCUAAAGCUCCCAAAUGAAUAUGUAACAUCAAGUACGAAAAUGACAUUGUGGUUUUUAGGGUGGUUGCGUGAGCUCAACCAAGAAAUGAACACCCUGACCCAUAAAAAUUCAUUAAAAACAACACAUUAAUUAGUUGGAAGCUGUUUCUCCUUAUUUCCAGUCUUAUGCUAAACUAAUUUAACAUCUUUUUGGCUGUAGCUUCAUACUUAAUGUUGAGCUCUACAUGUAUUUUCUGUUCUGGUUUUGAUUACUUGAAAGGCAAAUAAUCAUUUUGCCACAAGUCAAUGCUUCAGGUCAUGCUAAGCUGUUGCCUACCUAAUAAUCAUAGCACCAGGUCAACUAUCAUGUUUCCAGUAGAAGCAUUCUAUCCCAAUUGUUAUACCCUGAAGCUAUUAAUAGUGCUCAGCCAGAUUUCCAGUUGAGGACGUCAGCCCCCGUUGGUUGCUAGGAGACUUGUGAUGCAACAGCAGAGCAUCCACGUACUGAAACUCUAAAUGAGAAAAUAACAACAUUGAGCACAAAGCCGUUCAAGCACUUGAACUUUUAAAAAUCUGCUCUCUUUCGGUGUCUCAUGUUUCAAAUAGCUCCCGGUGUAGCAAAUUGAGCCUUAAACACGUCAAUGUAGGAGUUAAAACUUGCCAGAUGUAUCAAGUUAAACUGAUGUUUCCCCCUUUAUCUCGACGGUCACCAUUUACCUUGAUGUGGGGAUUCUCCUGGUGUGAGCAGCAUUCAUUAUUUCUACAUUUUUCAGAGGACUAAUGUGAUCACAGUUUCUCUGCCAUCUUUGUAUUUCUUGGAGUAAUAAAUGACUCUUCUGUAGAUGUG